AAGAGUUAAAGUCCACAAAUUUAUAUAUUUUGUCUGUUGUCAAUUGAAAAACCAGUAUUGUUUCGAUGCCUUUCCUAGCUCGUUUAUAGUGUUCAAAUUGGCGUGUUAAUUUUAAAACUAAAAAACUUGUCGUUACAUAUUUUAAAUAUUCCAAUAUAUUUUAAACAAAAAUAUUGCAAUUGUAUAAAAUAUAGUAAUACUCUGAAAAACAAGAUACUCGAUGGCAAUGGAGACGGAAACAUUGGAUCCCGCACAAGCUCUCAUGAUGAAGGUAUCUGACCGGUUCAAGCCGGUGCAGGACUUAACUGCUCGUGGUACGUCCAGCGUGCAGCAGUUUUACUCCGGAGCUACCGUAUUCCUGACUGGAGGAUCAGGAUUUCUUGGGAAGCAUCUGAUUGAAAAACUUUUUAGAGCUACCAAAAUUUCCAAAAUGUACAUCUUAUUAAGAUGCAAGAAAGGAAAGUCUAUAGAGCAGAGGCUGCAGGAAAUGUUACAAGAUUCUUUAUACGACACAUUACGAGAACUGCAGCCAGAUUUCGUCAACAAAAUAGUUGCUGUGUCAGGUGAUACAUCAGAACUAAAGCUUGGCUUGAGUGACAAAGACUGGAACACACUUGUUGAUGAGGUGGACCUAAUAUUCCAUUUGGCUGCUACGACAAGAUUCGACGAAACUCUCAAGAUGGCAACUUUCAUCAAUAUUCGUGGCACGAGAGAGAUGCUUGCUUUAGGGAAAGCAUGUAAAAAACUAAGGUCAUUUGUUUACGUAUCUACAGCUUUUUCACAUGCACGCUAUGAUCGUGUAAACAUGGAAGUAUUAGAAAAAUUUUAUCCAUCUCCAAUAAGUCCUGAAACCAUGAUUGGCAUAGCUGAAACAUUAGAUGAAGAGAAAAUUAAUGAUAUAACAACAAGUCUAACAAAAAAAUGGCCUAACACGUAUACGUUUACAAAAGCAAUCACUGAAGAGUUAGUUAAUACGAUGGGGAAAGAUCUUCCAAUAUGUGUGGUGAGGCCAGCAAUAGUAAUAUGCACUUUACAAGAACCAGCUCCGGGGUGGGUAGACAAGUCUUGUAUCUAUGGAGCCAGUGGAUGUCUUUUCGCAACUGGACUGGGGGUGAUGCACGUUACGUUCGCUAAACGUGACAAUUUAGUAGCACUCAUUCCCGUGGACUAUGUGAAUAACGCCACCAUAGUUGCUGCCUGGGAGACGGCUAAGACUAAAAGAUUGGCGCCAGAGAACAACGAAAUUAAGAUUUAUACACUCACAUCGUCUAAUCGAAAUGUAAUUUAUUGGGAUGCUUUUGAGGCUAUUAUGUGUGGAGAAGUACGUAACAAGUAUCCAACACCAAAGAUGGUUGGAUACGGCUCUAUAAAGAUCACCCAUAAUCGACUACUGUUUUGGAUAUACUCCUGGAUAAUGCAUCUAAUUCCUGCAUAUACUUUAGAUGCAUUUGCCGUGCUAUGCGGUAAAGAAAGGAGAUACGGAAAAUUAGCUCAGAAGCUGAAAAAACUGACACUGGCGUUGUCUUAUUUUCUCACACAUCAGUGGAAAUUCGUUGACCUAAACACGGCAGCAUUGCAUGCCAGUCUUUCUGAAGAUGACCAAAAGAUUUUCAACUUUGACGUCACAGAUAUUAAUUGGGAAGAAUACAUGUGCACAUGGUGCAUUGGCUUAAGAAAGUACCUUGUGAAGGAUGAACUAAAAGGUACUUUAUACGCACGCAAAAAACAAACUGUUUUUAAAUACGCAACGUUUAUUUUGUUUCCCAUAUAUUUAUACGGUUUGUUCAAAAUCAUGUAUUUAGCAAUGUAUUAUUUUGUAUACUUUCUUGUAUUUUUGUUUAACUUAAUAUAUUAAACGUUAAUUGAAAUGUU